CAAGUCUCUACUACCUAAAUCGCAAGCUCCAUUUGGGCUCGGAAGUUCAACCGACACUCAACCUUUUUUUAUAUGACAGCACAAUCGGGGAAGUAUUGUCGUGUUCUCAUCUCAAUCAUCUCACAAUCGCAAUCGGGCGACCUUUAGAUUGUGACAAGAUUUAUGUGAAGUGAACGGGAACUUUUUUUUUCUCGUUCUUCCAAGGCUUCUAUUCUUGACCAUAAGAUCUCGGCAUUUAUUCCGACGUUCAGGGUCCCUGUCAUCCAUCAUUCAUCUGACUUGUCAAUUUCGGGUAGUCACCUUGACACUGAAUUUUCAAUAAUCAUCAUUCGCAGGAUCGUGAAUUGAAACAGCGCUAAUUGAAAUUCAUCCAACCCGAAUUCAGACGGUGGCUUUUUUUUAUACACGCGGCGCUGUGUUGGAUUGCCAUUACGCCUAGGUCGCAUGGGAUCCUCAAUGAUGUUAAACGGGUCAGAUCCCACUGCUAUUACAGCAGAAGCAUCAAGUCGACUUAAUCAUUAUUUCCAAGUUGAUAAGGAGAGGCAGACUUUCAUCCACAAUAUCCUCGAAAGAGUCGAGGCCGAUGCUAAGAAGAUUAAUGAACUUGAACUAGACCUGGAAGAUCAAAAGUCUUCUCGAGCUAAUUACCAAGCAAAGGCUAUUAAUCUUGAGAAUGAAGUGCGGAGACUCGCACAACAGCUUGAUAAGGAUUCAUUCGUGGUUGUGCUUAUUGAUGGCGACGGGGCUAAGUUUGCGGACGAAUAUCUGCGUGACCCCAUGUCAGGGGCAGAGAGAGCUGCGAUUAAACUGAAGCAAGCUGUUCGAGAGAGCCUUAGAGACACGGGGGCCGACCUAGAGGACAUUCCUAUUCUUGUCCGAGUAUAUGCGAACCUGAAUGACUUGUCUAAGUCAUUACGCCUGUCCCGAGUUAUUGAUUAUGACGACGACAUGCGCUUGUUUGCAGAGCGUUUCACCAACAGUCGUGCGGAAUUUGACUUCGUUAACGUCGGCAAGGGCAAAGAGAACGCAGACUCCAAGAUUAGACGUAUGCUUAAUCACUACUACAGAAACAUCCAGUGCAAGAAAAUAUUUCUGGCUGGAUGUUGUCACGAUAAUGGUUAUCUACACGAUCUUCGUGACUAUACGGGAUCCGUCGAUAAUAGGCUCGUACUUCUGGAGACUACGCAUGCAGAGCCAGGAUUUAGGGCUCUCGGCUUUCCUAUCUUACGUUUCGAUGAGGUUUUUAGGUCAGAGCCUUUGGGGAACGAGACAAAGCAUAUUCUUCCGAAUAUGCCUCCUAGGCCUCGUUCACCCGUACAGCCUUCUCCUGGACCGGGUCCGAUUGCGCGACCUACGCAGCCUACGCCGAAGCAGACCAUGGUCGUCUCGCCUACACAAGAGCAAAGACAAUCUCCUAUACCUACUUCUACCCCGGUGUCUGUUAGUACAUCGUCGCCAGUACUGCCUUCCUCUACGCCCGAGCAGCAACCCAAUCUACCACCUCGCACGUCGAGUGUAAUUAGCUCCGGAAAUGGCGGUACCUCUAUCAGCUAUGCGACGGCAGGCGGUGUCAACGACCUUCAAAAUGUCACGGUUAAAGCACCCAAACCAAAGAAGCAGCCUAGGGUUAUAUUUUAUAAUAUGGAUAACUACCGUAUUGAUUCGCCUACGCAGCACCCACCCAGGACCCCUGCGCAGUCAUCUUACCAGGCCAAAUUCCAGGCCAUCAAACCAUCCGUUUUCUGCAACGACCAUUACCUCAAGGGUCGUUGUAAGUGGGGCAUUGGUUGCGACAAGACCCACGACGCUGAGUUAACCGGACCGGAACUUGCCAUUCACCGCUACAAAGCUCGAACUAGCUUAUGUCCGGCCGGUCCAUAUUGCGUCGACUACGACUGCUAUUUGUCCCACCAUUGCCCUCGAGCGCCUUGUACUCGUGGAGAGAUGUGCCCGUUCUAUGAUACCGAGAAGUGGGGAGAUCUGCAUUUAACUAAGGACCAGCUUCAACCCGCCACUCGAUGGACCGAAGGCAUUGAUCUCCCCGAGCACAUCUAACCUAAGCCAGCUCAGGCAAAAGGAAAACGGGAAACAAAAAACGACAUCUUAAUCGGUUUUCGUUUUUUUUACUACUCUAUGUUAAAAUUUAAAACACAAACGAACAGAAACAAGGGUGGAAAUCUGUUCUAGUAAGGUGGAAGGGGUCGGCUACAGUGGCUUGAGAUAUAUAUAUAUUUUUAUGGGGGUGGAUCUCUACUCCCUUCUCCUUCUUUUUUUCUUUCAAACACCCUGAAUGGAAAAAAAAAGAAACACGGAGUCAGGGUGGGGGGAGGCAGAUAUUCUCUGAUGAUGCGGGGGUUUUACGAAGAACUA